AUGGGAAUUUGCGGGUCCACCCCAGCGGAGGGUUCCAAGAAGGCUCUGAUUGUAUGCACGUCUGCGACCGACAUGGGAGGUCAUACCACCGGAUGUUGGAGCGAAGAAGUAUGCGGUCCUUAUUACGUGUUUAAGGAUGCAGGUUGCGAAGUAACAGUCGUCACCAUCGCUGGCGGCGACGUUCCACUCGACGCUGGAUCUCUAUCCGACAACUUCAAGACGGAGAACGACAAGAAGAUGGAAGCGGAGGGCUCCGCUCCACUGAAGGGCACCAAAAAGCUGUCCGAGGUGGAUACCGCUACUUUCGAUAUUGUCUUCUUUGCUGGUGGACACGGCACAUGCGUGGACUUUCCUACCGACGAGGUCGGCGAGGCCAUCUCCAAGGCGCUGGCCGCUGGCAAAGUCGUCGGCGCCGUCUGCCACGGCCCCAUGGCGCUGGUCAAGGCGAAAACGGCCGACGGCGAGCCUGUCGUGAAAGGGAAGAAGGUGGCGUGCUUCACGGAUGCGGAGGAGGAUGCGGUGGGCUUGUCCGAGAAGGUUCCUUUCUCGCUGGCGAAGAAGAUGGCCGAGCUGGGGGCGACUUGCGAGGCUGGGGACUCGUGGUCUGAGAAGGCCGUUGCGGACGGCAAGCUUGUCACGGGUCAGAAUCCGCAAAGCUCGGUUGCCUGUGCCAAACUCGCUCUCGCCGCCUAA